GCGGCGAGCUGGACCGCGCGGGCGGAGGGCAAGACUUCACCGCCCCCAGCUCCCCCUUUACCGCCCGCCCUGUCAGGCACCGCCUCCUUCUCGGCUCUCGUCCUCCUCCUCCUCCUCCGCUGCCUGACAAGGGGACGGGGGCGGCAGCCGCGGUGAGGCGGCAGCGGGGGGGUGACAAGGCAGGAGGCAGCUUUCGAAGCUCCGCGGGUCCGGGCUCCUUGUCGUUGUCCUUCUCCUGUGUGCGGGGCACUGCGGAGCGGCCAUGGUGAAGGUGUCGUUCAACUCCGCGUUGGCGCAGAAGGAGGCGGUGAAGAAGGAGGAAGAGAACAGCCAGGUGCUGAUUCUGCCGCCGGACGCCAAGGACCCUGAGGAUGCUGUGCCUGUUGGGCAGAGGAGGGCCUGGUGCUGGUGCAUGUGCUUCGGAUUGGCCUUUAUGCUGGCUGGAGUGAUCCUGGGUGGUGCCUAUCUGUACAAAUAUUUUGCAUUCCAGGGCGGCGUGUAUUUCUGUGGAAUAAAGUACAUUGAAGAUGGCUUAAGCUUACCCGAGUCUGGGGCAGAGGCUCAGAGUGCUCGCUACCAUACGAUUGAGCAAAAUAUUCAGAUCCUGGAGGAGGAAGAUGUUGAGUUUAUCAGUGUGCCAGUCCCUGAGUUUGCUGAUAGUGAUCCUGCUGAUAUUGUCCAUGACUUCCACCGGAGACUCACAGCCUACCUUGACCUUAGCCUGGAUAAGUGCUACGUGAUUCCUCUCAACACUUCCGUUGUUAUGCCACCAAAAAAUUUCCUGGAGCUGCUGAUCAACAUCAAGGCUGGAACAUACUUGCCUCAGUCCUAUUUGAUUCAUGAACAGAUGAUUGUUACUGAUCGCAUUGAAAAUGUGGAUCAGCUGGGAUUCUUUAUUUACCGCCUCUGUCGUGGGAAGGAAACUUAUAAAUUACAGCGCAAAGAAGCCAUGAGAGGAAUUCAGAAGCGAGAAGCUGGCAACUGCCGAAAGAUUCGACACUUUGAGAGCAAGUUUGCUAUGGAAACACUCAUCUGUGAGCAGUGAUGAGCAAUAUUCUUGUUACCGGAGACUUGCAAACUACAGUAUGACCCCAUCCCUUGUGUUGUGUGCAGUGAUUAUUUUUUAAGAUUUUCUGUUAUGUAAGUAGAGGACAGGGCUUUACUGCUGAACACCUCCCGUACUCCUCAUCUCGUGAGACAUGGCCUAUCAGGAUGAGUUAGGAUAUUUUCCUUAUUUCCAGGUAUGGUGUUCUUCUUAUAUUUGAAUAGCAGUUGUAUAAAGACUUAGUUGCUAGCGCCUUUCAUGUGAUGACUCUUGAAUACUAGGAAGAAGAGGAAGUCUUUGAAAUAUCCACCGGUUUUUAAUUCAGUAAAAUUGAAAAGAAUUAUUAAUGUACAAAUGGACUGCAAGAGCUACUUCUAACUGUAAUAUUACCUGCUAUAUAGUUUGUUACAGCAUAUAGCCAGACCUGUAUUUGACUCUCCCUAACAAAGUGCAAUUUGUUUCAUUUUUAAAAUAUUGUCAUAUUUACCUUUUUAGAUUGAUUUCUGACUUGAUGUUUUAAAAUGGCAAGUGUUUGCUGUAACAAUCUUUUAGAAGAUUAAGAAGUAACUUAUGUUACUAACUUGUAUAUAAUCCAUGUAUGUGCAAUGGAAAAUAAACCUUAUAAACCUGUUUGUCUAAAA